AUGGAUGAAUUGGGGGCCGAUGCUAAAGCUGUUCUGCAGCCAUCAAUGAGCUCCGAGAGUGUUAAAGAGGACUGUCUUGCAUGGGCGGCGAGAGACCCAUCUGGAGUUUUAUCGCCUUACCAGUUUAGUCGCAGGGCUCUUGGAAAUGAUGAUGUUUCACUAAAAAUAACUCAUUGUGGAGUUUGCUAUGCUGAUGUUGCUUGGAGUAAGAAUAAGCUUGGAGAUUCGCGGUAUCCAUUGGUGCCCGGGCAUGAGAUUGUUGGAAUUGUAAAGGACGUUGGUCCCAAUGUUCGCCACUUCAAGGUUGGUGACCAUGUUGGAGUAGGCACUUAUGUUAAUUCUUGCAGAGAAUGUGAGUACUGCAAUGACAGGGAAGAAGUCAGUUGCGAAAAAGGAUCCGUUUUCACUUUCAAUGGCAUUGACGUGGAUGGUUCGAUCACAAAGGGUGGAUAUUCUAGCUACAUCGUCGUCCAUGAAAGGUACUGCUUUCAGAUACCUCAUAAUUAUCCUCUGGCCUCAGCGGCACCUCUGCUUUGUGCUGGAAUUACUGUGUACAACCCCAUGAAGCAACAUAAGAUGAACCAACCUGGUAAAUCUCUUGGAGUGAUCGGUCUCGGUGGUCUGGGUCACAUGGCUGUGAAGUUUGGUAAGGCUUUUGGAUUGAAAGUCACUGUUUUAAGCACAAGCAUAUCGAAAAAGGAGGAAGCCUUGACUGUGCUCGGUGCAGACAAUUUUGUGAUUACAUCUGAUCAAGAGCAAAUGAAGGCUUUAUCCAAAUCACUUGACUUCAUAAUCGACACAGCAUCAGGCGAUCACCCAUUUGACCCAUACAUGUCUCUUUUGAAGACUGCUGGUGUUUUUGUUCUUGUUGGAUUCCCAAGUGAAGUGAAAUUCAGUCCUGCAAACCUUCUAAUUGUUGUUCAAAUCAGAACUAGACAAUGGGUUUUGGUUUACUACAUGCUGAGGGGUUCUGGGAAAGAUGAUGUUUCACUACACAUUGUGGAGUCUGCUGUGCUGAUGAAAACCAAAAAGGAGAGAGCCUUGAGUGUGCUUCUUGGAGACAUUUUUGUGGUUAAAUCUGAUCAAGAGCAAAAGAAGGUCUUGUCUAAAUCACUAGACUUUAUAAUGUACACAGCAUCUGGUGAUAAUCUUUUUGAUCCAUGCAUAUCACUUUUGAAGACUGCUGGUGUUCUUGUCCUUGUUGCUCCCAAGGCUCCACUUGAACAGAUGGGUCUUAACAAGCAUCUUCUACCUAUUGUGAUUGUUCUUCACCAAUUGGCUGAUGUAUAUAGACCUUUCUAUGCUGCCUCCUCAUUCCCGUCUUGCUGUCAUGAUCUUUUAAAUAUCUCCUGGUUCCAUGAUUUUUACUGCGCUGAAGGAUCAAUGAGCUCCGAGAGUGUUAAAGAGGACUGUCUUGCAUGGGCGGCGAGAGACCCAUCUGGAGUUUUAUCGCCUUACCAGUUUAGUCGCAGGGCUCUUGGAAAUGAUGAUGUUUCGCUAAAAAUAACUCAUUGUGGAGUUUGCUAUGCUGAUGUUAUUUGGAGUAAGAAUAAGCAUGGAGAUUCGCGGUACCCAUUGGUGCCUGGGCAUGAGAUUGUUGGAAUUGUAAAGGACGUUGGUCCCAAUGUUCGCCACUUCAAGGUUGGUGACCAUGUUGGAGUAGGCACUUAUGUUAAUUCUUGCAGAGAAUGUGAGUACUGCAAUGACAGGGAAGAAGUCAGUUGCGAAAAAGGAUCCGUUUUCACCUUCAAUGCCAUUGAUGCAGAUGGUUCGAUCACAAAGGGUGGAUAUUCUAGCUACAUCGUCGUACAUGAAAGGUACUGCUUUCGGAUACCUCAUGAUUAUCCUCUGGCCUCAGCUGCACCGCUGCUUUGUGCUGGAAUUACUGUGUACAACCCCAUGAAGCAACAUAAGAUGAACCAACCUGGUAAAUCUCUUGGAGUGAUCGGUCUUGGUGGUCUCGGUCACAUGGCAGUCAAGUUUGGUAAGGCUUUUGGAUUGAAAGUCACUGUUUUAAGCACAAGCAUAUCGAAAAAGGAGGAAGCCUUGACUGUGCUCGGUGCAGACAAUUUUGUGAUUACAUCUGAUCAAGAGCAGAUGAAGGCUUAUUCCAAAUCACUUGACUUCAUAAUCGACACAGCAUCAGGCGAUCACCCAUUUGAUCCAUACAUGUCUCUUUUGAAGACUGCUGGUGUUUUUGUUCUUGUUGGAUUCCCAAGUGAAGUGAAAUUCAGUCCCGCAAGCCUUCUACUUGGUGAAUGGAUGAGGCCUGAGGGCAUUAACUACCACUAA